AUGGCUCAGAAAUCGCAAAAGCAGCUUGCCGCACGCAACAAGGAACAGCUCAACCGUGCGCUUCUGAUCACCCUCGGCAUCCAUUGCUUUUUCCUCCUGUCGAAAUUCCUUUUUUCGAAAACGUGGUCUGGACGGUCCAUCACCGUCUACAUACUGUGCUCCUUGCCGUCAUGGAUCAUACAGUUCUGGUUUGAGCGCAUUGCGCGCCCGACAUACGACAAGGAAACCGGCCAGCUCCGCCGCGCCGGAGAAGACUUGGAGGCCCAGGGUCUGACGGAGUGGAUGUGGGACGUUCUAUAUUGGACUCAGGGCUGUCUCGUCAUGGUCGCUGCUGUUGGUGAUGGCGCUUGGUGGAUUUGGCUCGUCGUGCCCUUGUAUUCCGUUUAUCUCACCUAUACGACUUUCAUCGGCGCGAGGCAGAAGAUGGCUGGCAUGUCAGGUCCUGGAAUCGACGAGGGUGUCUCGACUGGCAGCAAGAGACAGCAGAAGCUCGAGAAGCGGGGCGGCCAGAAAAUGCAGUACAGGUAA